AACGGCUCAUCUGCCGAUCCGCCCGGCUGCACCAAAAGUCCAAAACUGUGCGCGCAGGCUGGGCACGCGUACUGUGCCACUGUGUGUGGGCUCUCCUAAUAAAGUCCAUCCCUCAUGGACCCCACUCGCAGUGACCCCUGGGGUUGCCACCACCCCCACCGCUUUCCUUCAUGUGAUCCAGCCUUCCCCCCUUCACAUGCCCAUCUCGCUACUUCAUCAUUUCGCAGUCCCCCAUUCUUCCUCUCCCGCUGUACUCCUCAGUACUACUACUAGUCUACUAGACUAGUACCACACACCACAGUUUCUGCAGAGUCACCCACCCGAGCAGGCGAGUAGGAGCCAAGGAGAGCAAGACAAGGAGGAGCACGGCUUCGGCAAUGUCAAUGGCGGGCGCGGCGGACGAGCAGUACUACGGGGGCCCGCGCGGGGCGCCGCACGGGCUGCUGCUGGCGGUGGUGGUGGGGCUGGUGGUGGGCGGCCCGCUCUUCCUGGGCGACGGCGGCGAGGCGGUCACGGAGGCCAUCGCGGAGCUGCUGAGCCCCGUGGGCCUGCUCCUCCUCCCCGUGUGCCUCCUCCUCCUCAUCCGCCUCCUCUCCUCCGACCGCGGCGCCGCCGCGCUCUCCGACGCCUUCACGUUCGGCGGGUCGCCCGACGCCGUGCACCGCGUCGGGGGCUCCCCCAUCGGCGUGGCGCUCAUGCUGGUGCUCAUCCUCGCGCUGCUCUACUACCGGUCCGCGCUCUUCGGCGGCGGCGGAGACGACGACGAGUAGCAGGCGGCGCGGCGGUCCUCCCGGGUAGGUAGAGUCGAUCUCGGCUCGGGGUUUGGUUGGUUCGUUGGUUGUUCAGAACUACGAGAGGGUUGUUUGGUACUUUGGGUUGUAUGAGGGGGCCUGGAUGUAAAAGUGCAUUGUAAAUUAAUUAUACGUACUAGCUACUCGCUGUUUCAGUUUCACCCGUCGAGAUUUGCUUGCACCCUGAA